GGAACCUUCAAACAAUGCUAGAACCUAAUAAUUACCAGACCAUAUGUUUUCUGCCCUAAUUGCAGCGUAAAUCUCUGGUAUACUAGAGAUGUAGGUCUAAUUACAAUUAGGUCCUUACAGAUUGUACAGUAGAUAUACGCAUUACUAAGACUUAUUGACCGCAUAAAUUACGUCUUUGAUAUACUUCAGGAACUUUUGAAUAAUAAUGAUCACUUUUAAUCAUGAGAAACUACCCAACACAUUUAAAACCUUACUUGUAUCUUUUCGUGCCUAGCGCAACGGUGCUUUAGGUUCUACAGGGAUGUGGAGAGACGUAUGUAUAAGGAAAGAUGGAUAGAAGAAUUAGAGAACAAGUGAGCUAACAGCUCAGCACCCAAGUAGCAUUCGCUUACAAUUAGUGAUGAUAGUAACUAGCAGCAAUCAACGAUAUCAUAGCCUGGGAUACCUCAUUAAUUGCAGCCAGAAGUGCUGUCAUAAGGUUUUAAAACCGUUACAUCCUCAUUCUAAUUUUGAGUAAUAAUUUGUCAUAAAUCUAUAAAUAUGCAGUGUUAACUACGAGGAUUUAUGUUUGUUAGUAGACACAGUUGCAUUCUGCACCCAUAGAUAGUAAGUUGUCCGUGUAUUCCUUUUCAGCAAUUUUGUUAAGUGGGCUAACAUCACUUAACUAGAUAUUAAGCAAAAGGUAAGUUAAAUGCAUAAAAGUAUAUUUGUUUAUAUUCAUAUAGGAUUUACACAACCUCGUCACUUCUCGAUACAUGAAUCGUUGAUUUCGUCGCCUAUUUUUCCAAUGAUUUUAGUUUAUGUCCAAAUUUGCUUAUGAGCUGCAAAUAUAGAAAUCAUAAUGAUGGAGCAUGUGAGGAUCUCAUGCUUAUCUUUGCAGUGGGAUAAUGUUGUGGUGUAAAAUUAUUUUCCCGUUUAUCACACGACUCUCAUCCGUUCGCUACAUCAAUUUAAAGCUAUGAUUUUUGAUGAGUGACAUGCGCAGAUGACUAGUAUUUGACUAGAUGUUUGUUAAUUUGACGUCUGGAGCAUUGUUUUAUGCAUCUGGUAAAGUCGUUCAUGGUUUUGGGAGAGGAUCAAAACAGCUUGGAAUUCCAACAGCAAAUCUUGAAGAAUCCAUUGUUAGUGAAAUACCAGACUCAACUAAAAAUGGUAUUUACUUUGGAUGGGCCAAGUUGAGCAACACUCCAGUGUAUAAAAUGGUGAUGAGUAUUGGAUGGAAUCCUUAUUUUAAAAAUAUCAAGCGUUCUGUGGAAGUCUAUAUACUCCAUAGAUUUGAGGAGAAUUUCUAUGGUGACACAAUCGAAGUAAUUGCUGUUAAGUACUUCAGACCUGAAUAUGACUUUCCAAGCAUUGCGGAUUUAAUUAAACAAAUACAUACAGAUAUUUCUGAAGCUAAUUUAUUCCUUGAUAAAUCAGAAGCUUUAUUCUGGAGUAAACAUGAUUUGUUCAAUGAAAAAGAUCGAUGAUCAAUUAUAAAUAUAGAUAUCAGAAACACAUUCAUAAUAUCUUUCUAUAGUAACUAAUCAAAUGUAUAUAUGGAAUAGAUUUAUGCGCUCAUAUGUAAAUGACAGAUGAUGACAUGAAAUUGAAUCAUCCAUUUUUAUUAAUUUGAUUUUUUCAUAUAUAUAUGUAUUUUUUUAAUUAUUACCAUUAUUGUUUUGGCACGUUAUAACUUUGAUAGAACUGUAUUAUGGUUUAAUAACUAGUUAUAUUAGCCAUUUAUCUAUCGGUUAACAAGCAAUCACCAAUGAUGUAUGGUAUAUAUAUAUAUAUAUAUAUAUAUAUAUAUAUACUAGCCAAUUCUUUGAGCUGUUUCCCGACAUUUCUAGAUUAGGAAGGGCAAAGAACAAUGUAGGAAGUGUUAUUAAUAAUCUGUUAGUACUUAUAUUUCUCAUGUAUAUAUGUGUAGUUAAGGUGAUCUAAAUAAUACCAAAAUCUGUUCUGAAAUAUGAAUUAGUGAAGGAUCUACUUGCCCAUAUUUUGUCUUAUUCUCAUAUUUGUUUACUUACUGUGUAACUUUGAAACACCCCAUCUUCUAGGUUUAGUAGUUUAUUUAUGAAUAUGCUUAUUGGUCAAUUAAAUAAAUGUGAUAUGUACAAC